AUUCCAACUUCUAAAAAGUCUCAAUUCUACACAGGUUCCCUUAAUUUGGAUAAAACAUGAAUAUUGAUGUUAGUGGUUAUUUACGAUCCUACACAAUAAGGGAUUGGAUUCGUAUCUGCAUCUACAUUUGUGGGUAUCUUCUAUUACGGCCAUAUUUGAUGAAAAUUGGAGCCAAGCUUCAGGAGAAGGGCCACAAGAAAGCGGAAGAACAAGGUGCCAAUAUUGACUCUGAAUUAACACACGGGAAAACAGCCAAGUUCCAUGGCGAGUUCGAUACUGAUGAUGAGGAUGAAAAGGAGAAUCCCGAUGCUGAAUUCCGCUGGGGCUAUUCGGCUCGCAGACGUAUUCGCAAGCAAAGAAAUGAAUACUUUAAAAAUCAAGACAAGUCUCCUUUAGAUGCGUAUGUUGACGAUGACAACGAUGCUGACAUCCAAGAGCACUUAGAAGAUUAGGUGUUUGCUUGUUCGAUGUAAAGAGGUGUUUUUCUUUUUUUUUGUAGUUUUCUUUCUUUCUUUGAUCGUUCAAUUCAUUGACGGUGUUCGUUCGUUUCUGUUUAUCAUCCACUGUGUGUUCUUGUAUAAUUACAUAAAGGCUGUUAAUCUCUUUGUUGUUCAAAGCGUACUACGUUUACUUGCAUUGUUAUAAUAGAAGAAAAAACCGUUUGUAUGGCAAGGUUAGUUAUUACCUAUUUGAUAAAUUGACGCUAGUGUUUCAUUUCCAAUUUUAUCUUAUACUAUGUAAAGUUUCAGUUGAGACGUAGUCGUAUAAUUUUAUUAAAUAUAAAUGAAC